AACCCAUUCUCGUGAAGAGCGGAUACAGUUCUCUUCGUACGAACCCGCAUUCCGCGCUCAACCGUUGUCAGCCCUGCGUGUUUGUUCUCGGGCAAGCAGUGAAGAAGUUUCAUUUCCCAGAAAUUCAGCUGACAGCCUUGCCAUAAUGGCUGCAAUCUUCGCUCGGAAAUCACUUCUUGCUCUCCGCAGUCGACAGUUGGCUGUGGCAGGUCAAGGGUUGCGAGGUCCCCAAAGUUAUGGCUUGCGAUUAAGCGCUUAUUCAUACUCUACCAAAAAAGAUGAUGAAGAAAGAGAACAACUUGCAAAGGAAAUUUCCAAGGAUUGGAGUUCUAUUUUUGAACGCAGCAUCAACACACUAUUUCUCACUGAAAUGGUUCGGGGUCUAAGUCUGACACUGAAAUACUUCUUUGAGAAAAAAGUUACUAUAAAUUAUCCAUUCGAGAAGGGCCCAUUGAGUCCUCGUUUCCGUGGUGAACAUGCACUCCGACGAUAUCCAACUGGAGAGGAACGUUGCAUUGCUUGCAAACUUUGCGAAGCUAUAUGUCCGGCACAAGCAAUCACAAUUGAAGCUGAAGAGAGAGAAGAUGGCAGCCGCAGGACAACAAGGUACGAUAUUGACAUGACCAAGUGCAUCUACUGCGGAUUUUGUCAAGAGGCAUGCCCUGUUGAUGCCAUUGUUGGGCCAAACUUUGAAUUUGCUACGGAAACGCACGAGGAGCUUCUAUAUGACAAAGAGAAGCUACUUGAGAAUGGGGACCGAUGGGAAACUGAGAUUGCGGAGAACCUGAGAUCUGAAAGCCUCUAUCGCUGAUUGCUCCGUUGUGUUGUUCCUUUAAUGCUUGUCCCAUGUUAACUGAAAAGUUAACAUAGAAAUAAUGGAUCCGGGGAUGGUCUGGUAAACUUGUGUAUUAUUUGUGUUGCUGCAGUAGCUUAUUAUGGAAUUACAUCGGCCGUUCCAUUGCUAGUUUAUGUACAAUUGUUGAGACUGACUUCUAUGAAAUUUUGAACAAAUUAUAAGAUUUCCCUUAUGCAGGUGGGAAUCAAGGAAUUUAAUAAAACAAUGUAGCCACUGAUUGCUUAA